AAAAUACGUCAAAGAAAAAACCAACAAAAGUUGAGAACCUUUCUUUUUUUUCCACCAACUGAAAUCAGUCAAAGUCUUUACAGUCAGUCAACUCUGCCAUUUCUUCUCUUCCCCUUGAACCUGAAACAAAUAUAUAACAUUAUAUGGGCUGCUAUGAAGGAAGGCUAUACCAAUUUAUCACACAAAAAUGAGCACAAACGCUCUGUUUUUGUUUUUCUUCUUCUUGGUAUGCCCCUUUGUGUCUUCUCAAUUGGCUCCAAACCAGAGAACUACCAUGAUCAAUCUUUCUGAGUCACUAGCCAACAGCAGCAACAGCAGCAUAUGGAAUGUAACCAAGCAGCCUGACCCAUGUUCAUGGAAGGGUGUAGGAUGCGACCCCACCAACUCCUCCAUAACUCAACUUUCUCUAUCUGGGUUUGGUCUCUCAACUCCUGAUUUUCUUUCUGUUGCUUGUCAGCUUGAUUCUCUGGAGUCUCUUGAUGUCUCUAAUAACCAUUUAAGCUCAAUUUCUGAUGAGAUUUUCACAAUUUGUGGUGGGAUUGAUGGGUUGAAGGUGUUGAAUAUUUGUAAGAACAGUUUGAGUCAUUCUUUGCCUGCGUUCCCUGGCUUUCUGGGGUUGGAAGUGUUGGACUUGUCAUAUAAUAAAUUAGGUGGAAGUAUAGAAUCUCAGUUGGAUGGACUAUCUGGUCUGAAAAGGUUGAAUCUUAGCUUCAAUAAUUUCAGUGGUGCAAUACCUAUUGGAAAAUCCAUGCACUCUCUGGAGCAUCUUGUGCUUAACAUGAAUUCUUUCCAGGGUACCAUCACAAAAGAAAUCGCAAAUUAUAAAAACUUGAGCCGGAUUGAUUUUACCAUGAAUCAGCUUUCAGGGUCCCUUCCUGUGGAAAUUGGAGAGCUCUCCAAGUUGGAGUUGUUGAUUCUCUCUUCCAACAAUUUUAGUGGGGAAAUCCCAACCACCCUUUCAAACAUACAGAACCUUUCGCGUUUUGCAGCAAAUCAAAACGGUUUUGGUGGUUCAGUUCCUGCUGGAUUGACAAGAUAUCUGAAGAAUUUGGAUCUCAGUUACAAUAGGUUAAAUGGGUCCCUUCCAUCUGAUCUUUUGUCACAAACAAAUUUGGAGGUUGUGGAUUUGUCUUACAACAUGUUAGAAGGAUCAAUACCUGCAAAUAUCUCACAACGCUUGUUCAGGUUGAGACUGGGAAGCAAUGCUUUAACUGGACGAUUUGAGGGAUCAGCAUUUACGAUGCUUCAGAAUUUGACGUAUUUAGAACUGGACAAUAAUAGCUUCACCGGUUCAAUACCACCUCAGUUGGGGUUUUGCAGAAGAUUGUUGCUGUUGAACUUGGCCAAGAAUAACCUCACAGGUGCUUUGCCAGCACAACUGGGUAAUUUAAGUAAUCUUCAAGUUAUGAAACUUGAACAGAACAAUCUGACUGGAGAAAUCCCAACUCAAAUUACCCAGUUGCUGAGUUUGUUGAUUCUGAAUAUCAGCUGGAAUUCGCUCACCGGUUCAAUACCUUCUUCAGUGUCACAAUUGAGAGCUCUCAACAGCCUAAAUCUUCAAGCCAACCAUCUAAAUGGUUCAAUACCUGACACUAUUGUCAACAUGGAUUCUCUGAUGGAGCUACAACUAGGAAGUAAUCAGUUAAGUGGGAGGAUUCCGACGAUGCCUCGGACGCUGCAGAUUGCUUUGAACCUCAGCAGUAACCUCUUUAAUGGAUCCAUUCCGGAUACGCUUUCAGCAUUGACAGCAUUAGAAGUUUUGGAUCUUUCAAAUAACAGAUUCACAGGUGAGAUUCCAACAGUUCUAACUCAAUUGAUCUCCCUGACACAGUUGACACUUUCCAACAACAAGCUCUCUGGAGUUGUUCCCAAAUUUCAACAGCAUGUUGCUCUCAACAUAAGUGGCAACCCUGAUCUUAUUAACAACACAGCAUCCCCUCCAGCAACAUCAGCCAAAAAAAAAAAUACAGUCGUUGUACCAAUUAUUGCAGCAUUUGCAGCUGGUGUUGUUGUUGUUGUGAUUGUCACAUUCAUUGUCCUAUCAAUCUUGCGACGCUAUUACAAGGUUGACGACGAGCAAGUACAUACAGGGGAAGAACUUUCCCUACCUCAGGUCAUCCAAGGCAAGCUGUUGACAGCAAAUGGAAUUCACCGGUCGAACAUCGACUUUGCCAAAGCCAUGGAAGCAGUUGCUGAUCCAUUAAACGUCAAGCUGAAAACGAGGUUUGCCACAUACUACAAAGCCAUCAUGCCCUCGGGAACACGCUACACCGUCAAGAAGAUUAACUGGUCAGACAAGAUAUUUCAAUUGGGCAGCCAUGAUAGGUUUAGGCAAGAGCUCGAAGUGUUGGGGAAGCUGAGCAUGUCAAAUGUGAUGAUUCCGUUGGCCUAUGUAUUGACUGAAGAUGGUGUAUACCUGUUCUAUGAAUAUGCUCAGAAGGGUACUCUCUUUGACAUUCUUCAUGGUAGCAUGGGGAAUGCUUUGGACUGGACGAGCCGUUACAGUAUCGCUGUUGGAGUAGCUCAAGGUCUUGCUUUCCUGCAUGAAUACUCAUCUGGCCCCAUUCUUCUCCUAGACCUUUCCAGCAAAAACAUCAUGCUCAAGUCAGUCAUGGAGCCCCAAAUUGGAGACAUUGAGCUCUGCAAGAUCAUUGAUCCCUCGAAGAGCACCGGCAGCCUCUCAACAGUUGCUGGUUCUGUUGGCUACAUUCCUCCAGAAUAUGCUUACACAAUGAGGGUCACGAUGGCUGGGAAUGUCUAUAGCUUCGGUGUUAUUCUGCUAGAAUUGCUGACCGGAAAACCUGCAGUCAGCGAGGGAACUGAAUUGGCAAAAUGGGUCUUGAGGGACUCGGUCUCGAUGCAGAAAGACAAGUGGGAUCGAAUCAUUGAUUUCAGAGUAAGCAGAGUUUCAUAUGCCAUCAGAAGUCAGAUGCUUGCAGUCCUCAGGAUUGCCUGUAACUGUGUCAAUCCCUCACCGGAGGCGAGGCCAAAGAUGAAAACUGUACUGAGAAUGCUCCUCAAUGCAUAAGAAAGCCAUUCCUAGGAGACAUAAGUUCAUUCGCCUGCCGUAGAAGAUAUAAUACUUGUUUUGGGAAGUUUUCUUACUACAAAAAAGAUUAUGUACAUAACAUAUCACUAGUAUUGAUUGCUGCAAUUAUAGUAGUUUUUUCUUUCCCUUUCCACUUCUGGCACUUGAACCUGGAGAACCAUGAAUAAUGCAAAUUGCUAAAUUUAUCA